UUUUACUCCAAAUUCAGAAACCCCGAACCUGAGGUCAAGUGUGCUGGCGUUACUGUGAUUAGAAGUUUAAGACCCUUUUUGAAAUGUCGACCCAGAAAUCGAAGGGAGCUCCGGCCGCUCCGGUAGAGCUCGACAGCAGCGACGACGAGAACGCCGCCGCGACGCCGAACAUCACGAAGAAAAUCCCGCCGGCGGCGGCCGUCGGGCAGCAAACCCUAACCUCCCGUAGCUUCUGGAAAGCCGGCGACUAUGUUGUGGGCCCCUCCAAGCGGCCGUCUCUGGCGAAAGGGCAAUUGGAACACGCGCGAGUCCAUCCCAAGUUUCUUCAUUCCAAUGCUACUUCGCAUAAGUGGGCUUUUGGAGCCAUUGCUGAGCUGUUGGACAAUGGUGUUGAUGAGAUACAAAAUGGGGCAACUUUUGUCAGUGUGGAUAAGAUUGAUCUCAAGAAAGACAACUCUCCGGCAUUACUUUUCCGAGAUGAUGGGGGUGGGAUGAAUCCGGAAGGUCUCCGCAAAUGCAUGAGCUUGGGUUAUUCUACAAAGAAGUCAAACACAACUAUCGGGCAAUAUGGUAAUGGAUUCAAGACAAGUACUAUGAGACUAGGUGCUGAUGCCAUCGUUUUCAGUCGUGCAACUCGUGGAAGCAAAGCUACCCAGAGUAUUGGACUUUUAUCUUAUACGUUCCUACGGAGAACUGGGCAGGAUGAUGUUAUUGUUCCAAUGAUUGAUUUUGACAUCUCUGGAAAUUGGGUUCAACCAAUAAUUUAUAGCUCACAGGAUGACUGGUCUUCUAAUUUGAAAACAAUCCUUGAAUGGUCGCCCUUUGGAUCAAAGGAAGAUCUCUUGCAACAGUUUGAGGACAUUGGAGCUCAUGGAACAAAAAUAAUCGUAUACAACUUGUGGCUAAAUGAUGAAGGCGUAUAUGAAUUGAGUUUUGAUGAUGAUGAUGAGGAUAUACGGUUGAGAGAUGAAGCUAACCAUGGGAAUUUGACCAAGUUAAACAAAAAAACAGUUGACCUACAAAACCAUGUGUCAUAUCGUCUCCGCUAUUCAUUGAGGGCAUAUGCUUCCAUUCUGUACCUCAGAAAAUUCACAAACUUCCAAGUCAUUAUAAGGGGGAAAUCUGUACAGCAAUAUGAUAUUCAAGAUGACUUGAUACAUGUAAAAGUGAUAACAUAUAGGCCUCAGCUAGCUACCAUGUCAAAAGAGGUUUCAGUGGAAACAGCCAUUGGAUUCACAAAAGAGGCACCUGAUCUUGCAGUUAGUGGAUUCAAUGUGUACCAUAAAAAUCGCCUCAUCAGGCCCUUCUGGAAGGUCACCGCUGAUGGUUCAUCGAAGGGGAAUGGUGUUAUUGGAAUUCUUGAAGCAAACUUUAUAGAGCCAGCACAUGAUAAGCAGGACUUUGAGAGAUCGUCAUUGUUUAUCCGUCUCGAAACUAGGCUGAAACAAAUGGUAAUGGAUUAUUGGAAAUGCCAUUGUCACUUUGUGGGCUAUCAACCUCUUAUUCCUAGUGAGCUUAAGCUGCACAGGGAACGUGCUGUUAAAUCUUCUGGGGGACCAACACCUAUUGAUGUCGAUACGAGUGAUGAUGGGCAGCAUAGUCCACAAGAAGUAGUGAUGUCUGAUGGCAAUACAGAGGGCAUGUCAGUUGAGGAGAUAUGUGAGGAAAAUAUACAACUCUUCAUGAGGUAUGAGGAACAUGUGAAGAAGGAGGAUGAGUUGAAGCAGACGGUUAACAACCUAAAGAAGGAGCUAGAGUUUGCCAAAAGGAAGAAGGAUCAACUUGCUGCAUAUCUAGAGAUCAAGAGGAAGCAAAAGGCAACGCAGCCUGGUAGUGCCCAGACCAAUGCCUAACCGAUCAUGAUCCGAAAAUUGUUAACUGUAACUUUUUGUAACCGUAACAGAGAGUGAACCUCAUCUAACAGUUCUCAUCCUAGCGUGUAUAUAGACCAGACAGUCGCUAUUAGUAUAAUGCGAUUCCAUGCCUCGUCUUCCAUCC